AUGUUGUACAAAUCACAAUCCAUUUUGAUCGACGAGAACAGAAAAUCGACCGUUCGGCGAUCUAGAUCUGCCCCUGUUAAUCGUCGCACAAGCAUAGAAAAACUUUUCAACAGUUUGGAGAAUGGACUAAGGGAUGUUAGAGACUUCGAGGUAAUCUACGAAAGAAACUAUUCUCGCAGUGAGUCGAAGGUAAUUUGCGCUUCGGCCAGGACGAGCAGGAACCUAAUUCUCGUUCAGCGUCUUACGGAUGAGGACAGUGAUCAGGAUGACGAGUUUUUUUCCAACGCAGAGGCCAGAGAAUGCCAGCAGCCCCUGAUCAUUGGACCCGUAGUUCAAUCAGAGCUAAAAACAGUGGUAGCAGUAGCUGCAAGAAAGAAGUUCCACUUCCCGUUCCGAAAAAGCCUCUUUUCCCACGUGCCACCGUACGUCUUCUUCCACUGCGACAACUGCAGGUGUUCGCCGCUGCCAAAGUCAGUCUCAAGGCACAUGAAGUGGCGGCUGACUCCAUAUACACCGCAGAUCGUCAGGAGAAUCGUGGAGGCUUCCGGGUUCCGCGUGGUUUCCUGCGACCCGAGGGACUCUGACUCGUGGUGCGGUAACUGGGACCACGUGUUCCCGAAGAACUGUGUGCGCCUCCGCUGGUACCAGAAAGUGAACCACUUUCCGGGGACGAACAAACUCGGACACAAAGACCAGCUCUGGGCCAGCAUCAGCGAGAUGAUGAAGAGGUUUGGAAAGCGGCACUUCGGCUUCAUGCCAACGACCUUCGUCCUGCCCCGGGAUAAGCGGCGGCUGAUGGUCGCCUGGAAGCAGAACGACGGAACCAAAUGGAUCAUUAAGCCGCCAAGCUCGGCGCGUGGUGCGGGAGUCCACGUGGUCCACCAGUGGUGGGAAGUGCCGGCGAACUCGUACCUCGUGGUCCAGCGGUACUUGGCCAACCCGAGGCUGAUAGACGGGGCAAAGUUCGACCUGAGGCUCUACGUGCUGGUGACAAGCUUCGACCCCCUGAGAGCGUACCUCUACUCUGACGGCCUGGUCAGGAUAGCGACGACGAAAUACGACCAGGACGCGAAGCACCACAAGAACCGGUUUAUGCACCUGACAAACACCAGCGUGAAUAAGUACAGCAAGGCAUACCAGCUGAGUCCAAACGUGAACACAGCCACUGGCCAUUUGUGGUCGCUAAAAAGUCUGUGGUCACUUCUGGAACGAGAAUCAGUUGACGUCCCGAAGCUGUGGGCAGAGAUGAAGGACAUCGUGGUCAAGACCUUGAUAGCCGCCGACGGUGUAGUUGGUUCUGUUAUCCAGAAGACCUUGACCUCUCGGUACACGUGCUUCGAGCUCUUUGGCUUCGAUAUACUCAUCGAAGAGAACUGUAGGCCCUGGUUACUGGAGGUCAACACAGCGCCGUCCCUUCACACGGACUCUGCCGUCCACAGAGCUGUGAAAGGACCGCUGGUCAGGACACUCUUCAAUGUCGCUGGAUUCCAACUGAACCCUGGAGUCCCGGAAUCAGUCCUGAAGGAGCUGUCCAGUCGUUACGGUCUGGAUGGAUCUGUCUGCCAGAAUUUUCAUCUCAACGACAAAAGUCUCACGCAUCAAGCGACGCGGAAGCAGUUUAACUACAUGUACCGCAAUUCUAGGGACGAGUAUCUCGAUACCAUACUGCAGGACCUCACAUCCGACGAUAUCCGCAACCUGAUUACCUUCGAGGAUGAACUCACCCAGCUGGAGCUGUUCGAAAAGAUAUUCCCGACCAGCCGGAGUCACAAGUACCUAAAGUACUUUUCCAGGCCAAAGUACUACGACAUGCUUCUCGACGCUUGGGAGCACCACUACGGAUCCUGCAGGAAACUCGGUGUCCGCAAGCUGCAGGAUAUGUGCAGGAGCAAGCGUCACCUGAUGCCUUGA